UCAAGAAAUUGAUUGAAGAAAAUUAACUUUAAUUGUUGUUAAUAUUUUUGCAGUCAAGUUGCUUCGGAUUGAAAUUAUUAAGGAUGUCGCGCAUUUUGGUUGGUGUUAAGCGUGUUGUUGACUAUGCUGUCAAGGUUCGUGUCAAUCCUGAAAAGACAGGUGUGGUUACACAGGGUGUUAAGCACUCUAUGAAUCCUUUCGAUGAAAUCGCCGUCGAGGAAGCCGUGAAAAUGAAGGAGAAGAAGUUGGCUAGUGAAGUUAUUGCCGUUUCCAUUGGCCCCAGUCAAUCUCAGGAAGUAAUUCGCACAGCUUUGGCCAUGGGUGCUGAUCGUGGUAUCCACGUUGAAGUGUCUGGAAAGGAAUACGACUUGUUGCAGCCAAUUCACGUUUCAAAAAUUCUUGCCAAGUUGGCCUUGGAUGAGAAAGCCGAUUUAGUAAUUUUGGGCAAGCAAGCAAUCGACGACGAUUGCAACCAAACUGCUCAAAUGACUGCUGCUGUGCUCGACUGGCCACAGGGAACAUUCUGCAAUAAAAUCGAAAAGACCGAUGCAGGUUUAACCAUCACUCGUGAGAUUGAUGGAGGCCUUGAGACCAUUAAAACAAAAGUGCCAGCUGUUCUCAGCGCUGAUUUGCGUUUGAAUACCCCUCGCUACGCAACUUUGCCUAACAUCAUGAAAGCUAAGAAGAAGCCAUUGAAGAAGGUUGGCGCUAGUGAUUUAGGUGUUGAUACCAACCCACGUAUUGAUGUAAUCUCGGUCGAAGAUCCCCCAGUCCGUCAAGCCGGCGCCAUUGUUCCCGAUGUUGAUGCUUUAGUUAGCAAACUUAAGGAAGGUGGUCAUUGCUAGACUGAAAA